AUGAGCUCCUCCUUUCCAAAAUCUGAAUCCACGACCUCCUUAUUGAAAUCAUCCUCGGCGGCGAGGAGACCCACACACUUCCCUGAACGUACAGCAGAAAGCCGGAGAACUCAGCAUCACCAUCAGCAUCAGCACCAGCAUCACCACCGUCCCGCCGCACUCCAGAGCAGCAGCAAAGCCGAGGAGUCCUUCUGGUCGGCCGAGUGCGACAUCAGUGCCCGGAGACCCCUGUGCCACCCGUCCCUCAUCGGCAGUCAGGACAGUAGUAAUAACGCAGCCGCUCGGGACAAGUGCAAGACACAUGCCCCUCGCAGCCAAGUUCCCGACCCGCCGGAGCCAAACGGUGAGGUGGGCCGAGGUGUGAGGGAGCGCUGCAGGUCGUCCAAACCCACACACCGCCACCACCGCAGGAAGCACCACCGGGAGGACCGUCCUUCGGCAGCGGGAGCACCUGAACCUGAGCAUCACCGCCGCUGUCACACUCACACCCGCCCGGUCCCCAGGGUGCCCUCGCUGUCGGACAACAACGACGACAGGGCUCCUCUCUGUGAACCGAGGGACCAUAAGGGGGCCAGUUUGGCCAAUAGUGGCGGUCAGGUCAGCAGUCCCUCACCGUCCUCAUGCUCCCUGGCCCCGCUGUCCAGCAGGUCAUCUCGUCGCUCCCGGAGGUCCAGUGCUGCUUCUUGUGCAUCCGAUAUCAAUUUACGCACCAUCCUCAAUUCACUCUUUGGGCAGGACAGAGAGCUGCGGCCAGAAGAAAUGGAUGAGUUGCGGGAUGCUUUUAAAGAGUUUGACAAGGACAAGGACGGUUUCAUCAGCUGCAAAGACCUAGGAAACUGUAUGAGAACCAUGGGAUACAUGCCCACGGAAAUGGAACUAAUUGAACUAAGCCAACAAAUAAACAUGAACUUGGGAGGUCAUGUUGACUUUGAGGAUUUUGUAGAGUUGAUGGGCCCAAAACUCCUCGCCGAAACUGCCGACAUGAUUGGAAUAAAAGAAUUAAAAGAUGCGUUUAGAGAGUUUGACACUAAUGGAGAUGGUGCGAUAAGCACAUCUGAGCUCCGAGAUGCAAUGAGAAAGCUGCUGGGCCAACAGGUGGGCCUAAAGGAAGUAGAAGAUAUCCUGAGGGAUGUCGAUCUGAACGGUGAUGGGCUUGUUGACUUUGAAGAGUUUGUACGAAUGAUGUCUCGCUAAGGUCAUAAAAUGAUCGGUCCUGAAUGUGAAGCUGUGUCUUUCUCUAUACUUGACCAAGUACAACAGAGGACCUGCUAAGAUCUUCUGAGCCAUCCAAAUCUGAAUGACACUGGAAUUACAACUCCUUGAAUGUUAUGGAGCGAGGAGUCACCUCACAAUUUCAAUCAAUAAGUGUUCUUCCUGAAAAAGUCUCCAGUUCAAGUGAGGCAAAAUUUGCUGUAGCCUAGCUGAUGAUUGUCCAACUUAUGUUUUUGCACUUUAAUUCUCACUAAAUAACUUCCUGUGUGGGUAGAUUGCUGGUGUCUUGUCUCAUCCUCUACAUGGAUAAAAAUAAGUGUUUCGCAAAAUGUCGCCUCUGAUGUACAACGAAGUCGGGAUGAGAGAGUGAAUGUCUGUAGAGAACAAGUAAAAGAUCAGUGCACUGUUGAGCAUUUCAGCACAUUCUCACACAGUAUGUGUUAUAUUAGAAACUGUAAGUGGAAUGUCCUUUGUGUGACAUUGGUGCUCCACCAAGGAACCCAUGAGGCAAUAUCACACCUGUAUUGUAACUGUGUGACCAUCUGUGAUUUUUCACUGUGCCAGUCCAGUCCGAUAAAAGCAUCACUGUCUGACAAAUACGUGCAAAGAAGAAGCAGAUCUCUGAUAUUAAUGAGCAACAGAACUCUGAAAUACAUUUCAUAUGUGUGGUUCUCUACGGUCUGAAAUCAAGGGCAGUUGAAACACUAUUUACAAAGGUGCACUGCUCUCUUUCAAGGUUUAAAUCCACUGUCAAUAGCCUGCAGUGGUUUGCAGCAUCAUAUGCAGUGUAAAUGGAGCAUCUCCAGACUGUCUUUCAAUACUCACAGGUCUGAGAACAUACAGUGGGAAUGACAUAUGUGAACUGUAUUUUCAGAGUAUGUGGUUAUUGUUGUACUUCUAUUGUAUGUCGGUGUCAAUAUGAUUGUAGUUGUGGUAACGUUCCACACAUAUCUGUGUUGUCGAAGCAAUUUUUAUGCAUGCCAAAGAGAGAAGUUUAUUAAAUUCAGUAUGCACAUUCGCAUUUUUUUGUCUAACAAAGUAAACAAAAUA